AAUAUUUUCCUUCAAUAUUUCGAAAUAAUUGUUUUAAAUCUUUCCCAAAUAAUCACGUGCCAUGGCCGAUCAACAAAAACCCAAUGACAACGAUCUCAACGAAUUGCUGGAUAAUGCCCUGCAAGAUUUCGUAAAGGAUGACAAACAAACGGCCAAUGGCGAUGGUUCGAAUGCUGCUCAAGAUGGUGCCGAAGGCAAUCCAGAAUCAGAGGAAUUCUUUUUGGAACAGGCCAAGUUGUUGGCUGAACGUAUGAACACAUUGUUCGGCGGUCCCGAUACACCCACAGGCGAUGUUGCACCCUUGCCACAAGAUCCCGAACAAAUUAUGGCUGGUUUUAAGAAAAUGGCCGAAGCCGCUGCCAAGACGUUACAAGGUGAAAAUACUGCCAGCGAUGAAGAGGUUGCCAAAUAUUCCGACAGCAUAGCACAGGCUUUGAAGGGUCUGCAAGAAGGCACCGAUAACUUAACUGCACCUGUCUCAGAAAAUGAUGUUGCCAAUAUGUUUGGUGGUUUAAGUCUGGAUAGUGCUGCUUCCGAUGAUGGUAACAUGUUCCUACCAUUCAUGGAAGGUAUGAUGCAAUCACUACUCUCAGCUGAAAUUCUACUACCCAGCAUUAAGGAACUUUUGGAAAAAUAUCCCAAAUAUUUGGAAGAAAACGGCAGUAAAAUAUCAGCCGAAGAUAAGGAACGUUACGAGAAACAAUUGGAAUUGUACAAAAUUAUCGAAGGUCAUUUAGAAAAUGAAAAUCCCAAUGAUACGGCCAAGGAAAAGCGCGACAAAUUCCGUGUUGUCCUAGAGGAUAUGCGUAAAUUGCAGGAAUAUGGUCAACCACCAGAAGAAAUCUUAGCCGAAACCGCUGGUGAUUUGCCAGUACUUGACCCCGCAGCUGCUGGUGCUGCUGCUGGCAACCCUCAAUGCCCCAUGAUGUAGCUAAUUUCCUAAUUUUGACUCGUAUUUAUUAAAC